GCGCGUAUCUCGCGCAGGCCUGCGGUAACGACAAUGGCGACUGGAAAAAUCCCUCACCUUUGCCGUUUCCUCUAAAUAUCACCGCUGGAAAUGUGCUGCUCGGGGUGUGACGCUGGAAACAUGUCUAUUUAUAUAUUGUGAGUAAUACUAGUGUUUUUUUUUCGGGGAAGGCAGCUUUAAUAAUAACAGAUUGAAGAUGGCGGAGUUUUCUCCGGUGCUGCCUCCGUUGCGGGAUGAUGGAGGAGGGGGACGGUAUGGACAGCCGCUAUUCCCCAGAUCCCGGUCCGGUUCGGAGUCAGACAGUGAAUUGUCGCAGAGUUUGGCCCGUACGAAAACGCGCUCGUACGGCAGCACCGCGAGCGUCACCGCGCCUUUAGGAGAGAAAUACAUAGAGCAUCGCGUAACGGACGGGGAGACACUACAAGGAAUAGCACUCAAAUAUGGUGUUACGAUGGAGCAAAUCAAAAGAGUCAAUAAAUUAUUCAGCAAUGACUGCAUAUUCCUGCGAAACACGCUCAGUAUUCCAGUUAAGUCAGAAAAACGCUCUCUCUUUAACGGACUGUCUCUGGAAUCGCCCGACAGUGAGGGAAACACACCUCAGGAGUCGCCGUGUGUGAGUCAGGAUGUGGACGCUCCAUCGCCCCCACCAGAACCAUCCGUCCCGGAGCCCAACACCCGGCCUGUGCAGGCGGAGGAGCUGUCCGCUAAAGACUACUUACACCGGCUGGACUUGCAGAUCAAACAGUCCAAGCUAGCCGCCCGCAAACUGAAAGAGGAUGGUGGGAGAGAGGAAGAUGACACAAACUCAUAUCAGGAGAUCUGAUGGACUCUUCAUCUGUUUUCCUGCAGCGCUGACAAUGACCCAUCAUCAACUUUCCAUCCCUCUUUUGCCUGCUUUGUUUUUAACUUGACCCAAACUGCAACACAGGACCACAUGCCAUACUCUUGUGCUGAGGGUCCAUCAUUGCCUUCUUCAGCAGUAUUACACUGAUUUUAUCUCUGAUUUUUAUCAUCCUUCUGUCUCGCAUAAUAGUAAGGAUAGUUCAUUUACUAUAGGAAGAGCAAUGGCCGACCACAUGUAGAUCUCAAACCUAUGAUAACCUCUGCUUAUAAGAAACACUGUAUCUGCAGUUUAUCCUCUAUAUACUGUGUUGCAGAUAAAAACAACCCGGACUCUGUGUGGCUGCCUGCUGAUUUUAAUUUAUAUACGUUUUGUUUGCCUAUAAAAGCUUUACGUGUGGGUUUGAAAGGGAUAAAUAAUGCUGUUUUAGUGUGAAUGUUGUGUUUUUAGUGUGUUGGGGGUUAAAUAAAUUAAAAACAAAAAAGUUUUACUGUACUGUUUGAUUUGAGUGGUGCAGAAUAAAUGCUUCUGUAAACUGA